AUGUGAUACUGCUGGCUCUUCCCAUCCUUGUAUGCAUGGACUGCAUCUCCAGCACCGCACUCCUGUGAGCCAGGGGAGCCUGGGACCAGGCACUGUACACAGGAUGAUCCGCUUGAUAUAUGCUUUGGGAUCGCUCUUCCUUUUCUGUGGGCUGUUUAUUCCCUGCAUCGAAGGGCAGAAAAAGACUCGUGGCUCCCAAGGCGCCAUUCCACCUCCUGACAAAGGUCAACCCAAUGACUCUGAACAAACACCAAGACAGCCAGGAGAGCGAAACCGAGGAAAGGGCAAGGGCCAAACUAUGCCAGCUGAAGAGGUGCUGGAAUCCAGUCAAGAAGCUCUGCUGGUCACUGAGCGCAAGUAUCUAAAGAGGGACUGGUGUAAGACCCAGCCACUAAAGCAAACUAUCCAUGAGGAAGGAUGCAACAGUCGUACAAUCAUCAACCGAUUCUGCUAUGGGCAAUGCAACUCCUUCUAUAUUCCCAGGCAUAUCCGCAGGGAGGAAGGGUCUUUUCAGUCUUGCUCUUUUUGUAAGCCCAAAAAAUUUACCACCAUGGUGGUCACGCUUAAUUGCCCAGAACUCCAGCCUCCAACUAAGAAAAAAAGAAUCACUCGUGUCAAGCAAUGUCGAUGUAUCUCCAUAGACUUGGACUAGAUGUUAAAAAAACUGUGGCUCCAGAACAUGGAACACUGUGUCAAAAUGCAGCCACAGUGCUGUUGUGUUGUUUUUGUUUUUGCACGCAAGUUUGGACUGUCACAUCUGUGCAACUGGUAUUAUCUAUGUCAUGACCCAAGACCGAACUUGAACAAUUCAGGUUAUUCAGUGUCCAUGAGAACAAGCUUACUCUAUAAAAAAUAAAUUACAAAGGGAUAGGUGAAGGGAAGAAGGUCUCCCUAACAGAACAUGAACUGAGAACUCCAGGUAAAGCACACCGUGCCCUCUAACUUGGGACCAGGCAAGUACCACUGCCCAUGUAUACAUUAUGUAUAUAGCUAUUAUUUAUUCACACUGACGAGUUUGUGAUGCACACCAGAGGCCCAGCAGUAACAGAGUACCCGUGCAUGCACAAAACUAUAGAUCCUGAUGUUGAUCGGUAUAAAGUUCUAUGAAGUUGUAUAAACGACGCCUUGCAUGUGACUGGUGGAACCCAGAACUCUCAUAAUAUACAGGAGAUACUGUAUUAAGGCAAAGUAAUUACUUUAAAAAUGCAUUGUUUCUUGGGAGCACAAUUGAUUCUUGUGUAAUAAAAGUCCCUGAUCAGUUUGUUAGCAGUCAAAUUUACACUAAUCAAUACUGUUCUGUUCUUUAAUACUUAAGGUCUACUUAAUACUUAAGGUCUGAUUUUACUACAGGUUGCUACUUAAAAAAAAUAAAGUUCAUUCAGUGCAGAAAGCCAUGUACUGGAUGAUAUGGUUGACCCCAUAAGUAUAUCCUAGUUUCCAAAGGACACCGAAGGAUGUGUGUGAUAGCAAUACAAAUAGUUUCAUUGCGUGUCCAUCAGAUAAAAGGUCUGAAUUUUCCUUCCAGGCUUAUCGCCUUUUGAAAUAAGGUUUGAUUAUUUCCAUUUGGAAUUACUUUUGUAGCUCUGUUUGAUGGAGAAAGCUAGGAAUUGUCCUACAUGGUGGAAAAACUCGUGUUUUGUGAGCUUGGGUCAUGGCGUUAAUAUCCGUUAUGCUAAGUGUAAUUCCGAGCCCGAUUUGCUUUGUAGAAUGCUAUGUGUUCUAUAGAUUUAAGUACCGUAUCUAAAUUCCAGAAUUAUAUUUCUCUUAAACUUGCAAUUCUCCAUGAUUUCUGGCAUGGUAAAUCCUGUCUUAUAAAAGUCAUAAAAAAACAAGUUCCGGUUAUAAAAUAAAAACUGAAAUAGGUACACAAUGUGCCUUCGUCUACAAUAAGUCACAGAUUUAAGAAUGAAUCUAGCUCACCUAGAGUAUUAAUGUUGCACCCUGUUAAACUGGCAUUGCUAACAAAUUAAGGGGUUCAGUCACUGAACAGAUUGGGGAAAGAGAAAUGUGGUAUGCACACACAUCUACAAACCGUGCCUCCAGUCAAGGGGCAACCAAACUCUUCAAGUGAAAACAAGACAAGCCACAGGUAUAAGGCGUGACAAAGGCUCAUUUAGAGCUAAAACAUUGCAGGUUUCUGUCCAAUAAAUCUGCCCUGGACCUUAUACCUGUGCCUAGUCCUUAUCUUGUUUUCAAUUAAGUUGUGGUGACUUUAAAACUGAAUUCAAAUGUAAAAAAAAUAAAUACAAUCUCACUGUCAAUGCAACUCCAUUCAGCAACUAGAAUUUCGAUAUGUUGACAUUUUUAUGGCUGUUAGUUAUUUUAUGUUAGUCAUUGGGACAAAUGAUGAUUGCAUUAUCUGCAUUUUUACUUCUUGGGCUUUAUUAUAACAAAAAAAACUAAACAAGAAAACCAAAUUCAUUUUUUUCCAUGAUAUUUGCGUGUGCACUGAAUUCCUGAAUACGCACCUCCAGUAAUCUGCUCUCCAUCAGCUCAAAGUCUGUGAAAUUUCACUUGUUUCAAACAUUUAAUAAAAAUUUCAAAAAGAAAA